CUCUGACUCCGCCCACCACAUCACUAGCAUGGCGGAGUAAGAAGCAGGAAUUCCGUCUGAGGGGAUGACAGCUUAGCUGAUGACCGCUCCGUAGCAACGUAGAGCUGUUGCCCAGCGACCACCGGGGAUCCUAAAGCUAAGCUAGCCAGCUGUGGGCCGCUCAACAGAGGCGUACCCCAAACACACAGCUGUUUGUGUGCCCGCCUGGCUUUCGUCAGACCUCACAGGGCGCGGAUGAAGUGUUUAUACUCUGAUGCUCACAUUUGGACCGGUGCCUUUCCUCCACUCGAGGGUCGAACCAGUGAAAUAGCAUAGUUCCCUACCAGCCCCAGGAACGGGAAGAUGGAUCUGUUCGGGAUGUUGUACUUGGACGAGCUUUCCCACGGACUGGCAAACUUGUCCAUGUUUCCUUACUUUGAUAUGGCGCACUAUAUCGUGUCAGUAAUGGCACUAAGGGAGCAGCCAGGAGCUCUGGACGUGUCCAGAGUCAGCCCCUUGGCCUGUUGGUUCAGCUCCAUGCUCUACUGCUUCGGGGGGGCAGUGCUGUCAGGGAUCAUGCUCGCUGAGCCACCGGUCGCACCUUUGUCCAACGGCACCAGUGUUCUUCUCGCAUCAAUCAUCUGGUACCUCAUCUUCUAUUGCCCCAUGGAUGUGGUGUACAGCUGCACGGCACUGCUGCCCCUCAGGUUGGUUCUGUCAGGAAUGAAGGAGGUGACCAGAACCUGGAAGGUCCUUGGAGGUGUCACCUUGGCACAAAAAAAAUAUAAGGAUAGUCUGCUGGUUAUGAUCGCUAUUGGUUGGGCGAGAGGUGCUGGAGGUGGCCUUAUAAGUAACUUUGAGCAGCUGGUUCGUGGUGUAUGGAAGCCGGAAACCAAUGAGCUACUUAAGAUGUCCUAUCCCACUAAGGUCACCCUGAUGGGAGCAGUGCUGUUCUCUCUGCAGCAGACUCACUACCUGCCUCUGCAGAAACACCACCUGAUGCUCUUCUACACCAUCUUCAUCGUCGUCAACAAGACACGGAUGAUGCUGACAGGCUCCUCCUCCUCACCCUUCGCCCCCAUCGAGUCAGCCCUGUACAAGGCACUCUUUACUGGCUAUUCCCCGUACGCUGCUCUCACAGGAGAGCUACACAAAGCAGGCACGGAUAACAGCAUAACAAACAGAACCGCCUGCUGCGGCACAACCAAAGAGUCCAAGGAAAACAGAUCAUCAGGACAGAACCACUCCUCUUCACCCGGUGGGGGGGUAGAGAGCUCGCCUAAAGCCAAAGAAGCGUCAGAAGCAGAAGACUCCAAAAAGAUCAACUAAGCAGCCUUUGCCCUGUAGCGCCUUUUUAUCUGAAUCCUUGUCGAUUCUGAAUAAAGUUGACCUGAACUUUCUCCUUUUGAGACGUAAUAGGUUUGGUUGUGCCUAAAAGCAGUUUUUUUCUUCCCCAAACUGUUUCUUCUGUAUAUCUCAGGAUUUUAGCUUUGAAAGAAAAAAAUGUUUUCAAUAAGAGAUUAAUUAAACUUUUGGGUGUUACUCUGGGCUAAUUACCCCCUCCUUAAAGAACCGUGAAAUGCAUGCUGUUGCAUGUGAAUGAUAUACUUUCCUUUCGCUGAUUGCACAUUUGCAGUACAUAUUGUAGCUUCUUUAUUUC